AUGGCCAAAAGCACCUUCACACGGUUCUUCUCGCCGGCAAAAUGCUGUGGAAAACUCUGUAGGAGAGGCAGUGCCGAAGAGCUCAUCGUCAGCCUAGACAUGCAGAAUAUGGAGGCAACCGAGUCUAACGCUCAACCCCAAAACUCUAUUGUGGAGGAAGUGAGGGUGCCUAAGGAGGAGCGGAGAUCCAGGCAAAAGGAGUCUGCUUCCACCUGCCCUAACCACAGUUGGAUCACACAACUGCAGAGUUUGUCUGAUGACAUACGCCUGCGGGAGGAUACGCUCGACGAGGAUGAGGAGCAGUUCUUCAGAGAGCUGACAGCCAAAUACCUACAGCCUCUUCCUGAGAACAAAAAGGAACAGAAACAAAUGGCUAACAAUCUCAAUGAGUUGAGAAACAAGAUUAACUUUAUCUACUUCAUAUUGAAUGCCUUCUGGCUCAUAUCAACGUUCACUCUCCAGCUCUUGAAUUCGACUCCCUUCAUCCAGGUGCCAAAGCUUGACAUCAACCUGAACUACACUGGAGAGUACGUCGCCAUCGAGCCUUUGGGCUUCAUGUUCAUCCUGACCUUUAUCUUCCUGGUUUUCAUCCAGUUCUUAGCCAUGCUGUACCACAGAAUACAAACCCUGAUCCAUUAUGUGGCCUUCCUGGAUACAGAGUCCAUGUCUAAAAACCAAAAAGAGCAACAGCCACUCAAAGAGGUCGAAGACGAGGAAAGCGAUGAGGAAAGCGAUGACGACGAGGACUUGGUGUUUUCAAGGGUCCUCAACAGCUACGGCGGUGGAAUUCUGGUGUAA